AUGGCAUUAGCAUAUCUCAGUAAACAAUGGGAAAAGAGUCGACCGAAUGAUAUAUCCGUCACAGCAUUCAUCGUCGACCACAAAGCGAGAGAAGAGAGUACUCGCGAAGCUAAUGUAGUCUCACAAUGGCUCCAAGACAUCGGAAUCAAGUCCGAGAUCCUCGAAUUGAUCUGGCCCGAGAGUACCAUGUCACCAUCCAAGGUGACCGCGUUCGAGACGCAUGCCCGCAGGCUCCGUUUCCAAGCACUGGGCAAAGCAUGUCGAGACCGCCAGAUCGAAGCCCUCCUAAUGGGCCACCACCAAGACGACACCGUCGAGACGACUCUCUGGCGACUCUGCACCGGAGCCAAAGGCGCCGGUCUUGCAGGUAUCCCCGAAGUGACACGCAUCCCCGAAUGCCACGGUAUCUACGGCGUCUCCGAGAGCGGAUCAUCAUAUACGGUCCCAUCCGGACCUCAACCGUCGAGAAACGACACCAUCGUCUCAACAGGAGGAAUCCUAAUCUGUCGUCCCCUCCUCCCCUUCCCCAAAUCCAGCCUUCUGGCAACCUGCCACGAAAACAGCAUCCCCUACGUCUCUGACCCUACAAACUUUGACCCAACUCUAACCCCCCGCAACGCAAUCCGCAGUCUCCUGGCUGAGAAUAAACUCCCAAAGGCUCUCCAAGGCCCGUCUAUUCUAUCUCUGAUUAACUCAAGCCAAUCCCUCCUCCGGAAUUCAACAUCUCUCUCAAACACCCUCCUCACCUCCUGCAAAAUCAACCAACUGAAUCUCCCCGCGGGGACAAUCACCCUCACGUUCCCCUCAAAACCAAUAGACCCAACCUCCUUCCUCAACACAGUCCCCAACAAUGCCAAUACCAAAACAAAAGCCAAAGACAACGACAAAGAAAAUCAAAGAAUCCACCAAAUCAAAUGCCUCACCCUCCGCCGAAUAACCGACCUCCUAGCCCCAUUCCCAGAGAACCACUUCCCACUCCGCAGUUUCGAGUCCUUCACGGACCUUGUGUUUCCAACACAGGACCAACCGGAACCCAAACAAAGGAAACCAUUCACGUUAGGCGGGGUGAUGUUUCAACCGGUGAAGACCAAGGGAGACCAAGACACAAUAAGUACUGAAGCGGAUCCGAGUACCAAGGGUGAUAAUACCUGGCUCUUAUCCCGUCAACCGUUCAUGCGGAAUCGGUUACCGACUCUUCGUGUUGAGGUUCCUGCUUCAGGGCUUUCGGCUUGUUAUACGUCCUGGAAGCUUUGGGAUAAUCGAUUUUGGGUUCGAUUUAGUAUUACCCCCGAACAGGGCUCCCAUGGGACUGGGGUUGAGGUGGCUCAGGAGACCUCUAAAGAGGAGGUGAUAUCCCUGCUUGUUCGUCCGUUUCAGCCGUCGGAUCUACAGGCGAUUCGACGGGUGGUUUAUGAGCGGGGAGGGCGUUCGGAGAAGAAAAAGAGGGUAGAUCCUGCUUUGGUUGGACUAUUGGAUCAGCUCGGAAAGGAAGCACCGGGACAGACUCGGUUUUCGCUUCCUUUGGUGGUAAUUGAGAAGGGUUCUUGUGGAUUUGAGUAUGACUUGCCGGUGGGGUUGCCAACGUUGGAUUUGUGGUUUCCUGGGAUGUGGGAGUCUUUGCAGAUACCCGGGAGAUUACGGUGGGAGUGGAUGUAUAAGAUGAUUGACAACAAGCCGAUGAAAUUGAUGGGCUGGCUGUAA